GAUGCUUUUUACGACAGCGUGCAUUGUUUUCUGGGUAUUGUAGUCCAAUUGACAACCUGUGUAGAUCUAUGUACACGGCGCAGCAGACCCAUAAAAACUACAGCUUGCCGAGUUGCAGUUACACUGUGCCAAGUUGCAUCAGAUAAUAAAGGCUGACAGCAGGAGAACAGACGAAAGGUCCAGAUGAAGCUGUUUGUAAGUGAAGGCAGUCCGCAGUGUGUGAAAGUGUUAGCGGCGCUCGAGCACACCGGAGUGAAAUGUGACGUGCAGCUGCUCAGCCAUGAGGAAAGCGUGGUGUCCUUUCUGAGUCGCCCAGUCCUCCCUGCUGUGCUGCUUCCCAGCGGCCAGCAACUUUUCAGUGCUAAUGCCAUCUGCCAAUAUCUGUUCGAGGUUGGUGGAAAAGAGAUCACUGAUGCCAGCAGGCAGUUAUUGGAAUGGGAAGCAACAGAAUUGCAGCCUGUGCUGCUUCAGGCCCUCCAUGUGGCCGUGCUUCAGGGGAAGAGGAGCGAGGCCGGCACGCUGCUGAAAAACCCUCUGAGCUGGCUGGAGCAAUGUCUGAGUGGGAAACCCAGACAGUUCCUAACUGCAGAGACAGUCGAAGUGGCAGACAUCGUCUUGUGGGCAGCACUGUACCCCGUUCUGUCUGACUCAGCUUUGGAAGCUGGUGAGCUGCAUUCUGUUCGAGGCUGGUUUGAGCGUGUAAGUCAGCUGCCAGCAUGCACUAAAGCAGUACAGAAGAUUCUGCCAGGGAAGGAGCUUAAUGGCCUGAAGAACUUCCUUCAAAAGCAACCAGUGCCACAUGCACAGCGAAGGGAGAACCUGCCCAGUGAGACUGAAGACACUGAGCAUGUGAUGACCGAGGAAGAGAUCGAGGUAGCUGCUCAGGCUUGGAGUAAAGGACUGCCAGAGUGUGACGAGACCAUAAAAAGGCAACACCCUGUGUUACCUAAGGAAGGCAAGCGUAAUGUGCUGGUCACCAGUGCACUGCCGUAUGUAAACAACGUGCCUCACCUUGGCAACAUCAUCGGUUGCGUGCUCAGCGCUGAUGUGUUCUCCAGAUAUGGCCGUUUGCGUGGCUGGAACCUGCUGUAUUUGUGCGGGACAGACGAGUAUGGCACUGCAACAGAGAACAAGGCUCUUGAGGAGGGUCUAACACCCCAACAGAUAUGCGACAAGUACUUUGCAGUCCACAGUGCCAUCUACAAGUGGUUCCAGAUCGACUUUGAUUACUUCGGCCGCACCACCACUCAACAACAGACAGAAAUUUCACAGAACAUAUUCUUUCGUUUAUAUGAGCGAGGAUUUCUGCAAGAGGACAUAGUGGAGCAGCUGCGCUGUGAGAAUUGCCAGCGCUUCCUAGCUGACCGCUUUGUGGAGGGUGUGUGUCCUAACUGCAAAUAUCCCGAAGCCAGAGGGGACCAGUGUGACAAGUGUGGCCGACUCAUUAACGCCGUGGAGCUCAAGGAUCCUCUGUGUAAGGUGUGUGGACAGACUCCUGUGAUUCGCACAUCUAAGCACUUGUUUCUCGACCUGCCCAAGCUGGAAGGAGACUUGGAGGCAUGGCUGGAGAAGACUUUUAAUACUGGUGACUGGACCGCUAAUGCUAAGCAGAUCACCCGCUCAUGGAUAAGAGAUGGUCUGAAGCCACGCUGCAUCACACGAGAUCUGAAGUGGGGGACACCUGUACCACUCCCUGAAUAUAGUGAGAAGGUGUUUUAUGUCUGGUUUGAUGCCCCCAUCGGCUACCUCUCCAUAACUGCCAACUACACCAGUGAAUGGGAGAAAUGGUGGAAGAACCCACAACAGGUGGAGCUGUACAACUUCAUGGCAAAAGACAACGUUCCAUUCCACAGUGUGGUUUUCCCAUGCUCUCUGCUCGGCGCACAGGACAACUACACGCUCGUCAACCAUCUCAUCGCUACAGAAUACUUGAACUACGAGGAUACAAAGUUCUCAAAGAGCCGUGGUGUGGGAGUGUUUGGAGACAUGGCUAAAGACACCGGCAUUCCAUCCGAUGUUUGGCGUUUCUACCUCACUUACGUGAGACCUGAGGGCCAGGAUUCCUCUUUCUCUUGGGCUGACCUGGCUCUGAAGAACAACUCCGAACUGCUCAAUAACCUGGGCAAUUUUAUCAACAGGGCAGGCAUGUUUGUGAGUAAGUUCUUUAAUGGCUGUGUGCCGGAGAUUGUACUGCAGGAUGAAGACAAGCGUCUCAUUGCUCAGGUGUCCUGGGAGCUUAAGCAGUACAUCCAGUUGCUGGACAAAGUCAGGAUUCGUGAUGCACUGAAGUGCAUUCUCAACAUCUCCCGUCAUGGCAACCAGUAUAUUCAGAGCAAUGAACCCUGGAAGAAGAUCAAAGGAGGAGAAGAGGACAGGAAACGCGCAGGCACAGUAACCGGCGUGUCGGUGAACGUGGCGUGUCUCCUGUCGGCAGUGUUGGAGCCGUAUAUGCCCACAGUCAGUCAGACCAUCCGUGCCCAGCUGCAAGCUCCAGAUAAUUGUGCCAGUGCUAUGCUGGGUGCUGAGGGAUGUUUCCUCCGCAGCCUCCCGACCGGCCACCAAAUCGGCACGGUCAAACCUUUGUUCCAGAAGCUGGAGACUGAGCAAAUUGAGAUACUGAGAAAGAAAUUUGGAGGACAACAGCCAGAGGAGGAGACCCCUACGGGAAAGGGUCCCAGUAACAAGACAAGCACAACAGGGACCAACCCUCCCAAUGCCGCAGAACCUAUUACCAGUCAAGGAAAGAAGUGACGAAAAGAGGAGCAGAAGUGAAGGAGACCACCGUUUGGGUGUACCAGAUGAAGGUACAUAGUGCAGGGAUUUUUUUUUUUUUUUAAGAAUCAUUGUGAAUGAAAAUAUAACCAGAACCAACUUGCUGCCAAGGCCACCAUGUUGAACAUCAGAAUAAACACUGUACAACAAUAAAACUGCUAAUGUAGUAAGGCAAGGUUUUGGCAGUAGAGCAAUUAUUUCAUCAUUCAGUAAAAAGGGUUGUAGAGCUGGUCUUUCUUUUCUUUUCUUUUUUGUUAUGUGAAGAAUAUGCAUUCAUUACCUGAUGAUUUUUUUUUUAAAUCAUUCCUCUUCAUAUUCCUUGCAAAUAUCAAAUCCACUGCUCAUUAAAAACACAUACUGUUCAAAUAA